ACUGGUGCUCGUUGGCAGACGACGGAAGCGGAGAAAUAAUGAAAAGUUUAUUUUCUUACAAGAAGAUUAUAUUUGGGCGGUCGUUAUAUCUGAUUCUUAUAUUUUUUAGCUCACAUCUACGAGCAGAUGAAGGCACAAAGCCACGGAAUAUUGAUAUUGGAAAAUAUAGAGAGAGGGUCAUACAGAUGUUCCAGCAUGCCUAUGACAGCUACUUGAAGUAUGCCUAUCCAUAUGAUGAGCUCCGCCCACUUUCUUGUGAUGGACAGGAUACAUGGGGAAGCUACUCCCUGACCCUAGUGGACGCCCUUGACACCCUCAUCAUCAUGGGUAACCACACUGAGUUCCGACGCAUAGCACAGAUGCUUAUAGACAAAUCAGAAGAUUUCUUUGAUAUGGACAUCAAUGCUUCAGUCUUUGAAACCAAUAUCAGAGUUGUUGGAGGCUUGAUCUCAGCCCACCUGCUGACCCAUAGAGCUGACAUGGUCCUGGAGCCAGGCUGGCCCUGCUCGGGGCCGCUGCUCAGGAUGGCUGAAGUCAUCGCCAGGAAGCUCCUGCCAGCCUUUGACACACCAACUGGGAUGCCAUAUGGCACUGUCAACCUUCGGCAUGGUGUUCCCAAAGGGGAGACAACUGUCACCUGUACUGCAGGUGUGGGCACAUUCCUUAUAGAGUUUGGUGCACUUAGCCGGCUGACAGGGGAUCCUAUUUUUGAGAAAGUAGCUAUGCGCGCACUCAGGACAUUAUGGGAUAUCAGAUCUCAAAUUGGGAUGGUGGGUAACCAUGUUGAUGUUGCUGAGGGUAAAUGGACAGCUAUUGACUCUGGUAUUGGUGGAGGGAUAGACUCGUACUUUGAGUACCUGGCCAAGGGAGCUGUGAUGUUCCAGAUCCCAGAGCUUCUCGAAAUGUUCAAAGAGUAUGAAGCAACUGUGGAGAAGUAUGUGAAAAGAGAUGAUUGGUACAUGUGGGCUAACAUGAAGAAAGGGGGAAUAACUCUACCAGUCUUCACAUCACUGGACUGCUACUGGCCGGGUGUACAGGGCAUGAUGGGGAGUGUAGAGAAGGGCAUGAAGACACUACACAACUACCACCAGGUCUGGAAGCAGUUCGGAUUCACCCCAGAGUAUUACAACAUCCCCAAGUCGGAGGUGCACCAGGGCAGGGAGGGAUACCCCCUCAGGCCAGAGUUGGUAGAGAGUGCGAUGUACCUGUAUCAGGCCACGAGGGACCCCUACAUCCUGGAGAUCGGCGUCGACAUCUUGGAAGCCAUAGAGCACAGUGCCAGGACACCAUGUGGAUAUGCUACGGUUAAAGAUGUCCGCAACCAUCGCCUUGAAGACAGAAUGGAAUCUUUCUUCCUAGCAGAGACCACCAAGUACCUGUAUCUCCUGUUCGACCCAGACAACUUCAUCCACAACCAAGGCAACCAUGGUAAAGUCAUCAAGACACCCAGCGGCGAGUGUGUGAUAGACACUGGUGGGUACAUCUUCAACACAGAGGCUCACCCCAUGGACAUUGCUGCCAUCCACUGCUGCAGCGCCCAGAAGGCGGCCGAGGAUGCGGAACUGCAGGAGUUCCACGACAAUCUCAACCUCCUUGAACUGCUGGACAUCACUGAGGUUAAGGAAAGUCUCAUUGAAGGGAAGAAGUUGAAGAAAAAGGUGAAAGUUACACCUAAAGAAAGAGUGGAGUCGAUGGAAAUUGUGGUGGAAGAUAAUUCAAAAGAGGAGGAAGUUGAUGAUACCAAGGAGGUAGUUUCAACUGUUUCGUCAGAAGUAGCUGAUGAUGGUCGUGUUAAAGUUAAGGUGACUUAUAAGACUACGGACACUCAGGAACACCCAGAUAAGUCAGUGGAGAAUAAUCACAACGAGAGCUUAGAGUAUGCUCCGAGGGUACCUGAAGUAAGUAGCAAAUCCAAGUCGGAGAAUCCAAAACGGGAAAAUAUGUUAAAACUUGAAGAGAAGACUACCACUAUUGAACGGAAGAAACAUUCUCUACAGCUUGCUGCAAGGCUGUUGGAGAUAUUUACUGGUUUGACUGGAGUUAAUGAUAAAAAUAUAUCUGAGCACCCUAACAUUAACCAUCUGUACAGAGAGUUGAAGGACUAUGACUUGAACUACACAUCAGUUCCUAGUAUGAUGAAGUGUCAAGCUUUGCCAUUCCACAUGCGUUUGUCAGUUAUGGGGGAAAUGUUUGAUGACAAUUAGAUCUUUUUAUUGUUGAUGUUUACAAAAACUUGUGUAAUUUAAAAACUGUUUUUACAGGGGACAAAUAUUUAUGGGAAUUUUGAGAGGUUUGCCAGCAAUGGAAGUUUAUGCAUUGGUCAUUGAUUGUAAACAGCACUUAAUCAUUGUAGUGCAAUGAUCGAUUUGCGGAAUGGGACUCGUAACUCUAAAUAUUUUGAAGUGAAUGAAUGUUAUUGAUGAGGUUAAUCAUGCUUAUGAAUCACUGUGAUAAAAUGUUUGUAUGGCAGUGAUAUGUUUUUUAACAAGAAAAAGAGAAAUGCAUAGAUGUGUAUUGAACAGUGUUACUUGUUAAGUUGUUUGCUUGGAUCAUUGAUGCUGCUUGAAUCCUGGCUGUGAAAUAAGCACCUUCCCGCAGGCCUGUGGCGGGUAGAUCUUGUGUCAAACUCGUAGUUUCCGACUUGUAUGGGUUCUUAUGGCCUGCAGUAAAUUUACCUGUUGAUGUAUUUAUCACAAUAAGCUGCAGUUUCUUAAAUGAGGGCCCGAGGAGCUUAGUAAGGGCCUGCAGCUUCUAAAGUCUGUGGGUCAUGAUGGCAGCCUGGCAAUUUAUUUUAUUUCAAACGCUGAAUAUGGACGCCCAGACUUUUAUGCUUAAUUUUGUGGCCUUAAUGAUAUGGCCGAAUAUUGAGGAUGUGAUGUUAAAUUUUAGCUCACUCACUAUGAUUAAUUUUGAACACUUCAUCAUUUGUUGAAGUACAGAUUGUGGUCAUUCUUAGCAGCAGCUGUUAGAGGGUUAAAAAUUUUUUUGGAUCUCAGCUUCUGUAUUAUGAGGAACACAAAUGUUUCAGAGUGUCUGCUUACUCCUUCACCAGGUGAAUGAAUGCUAGGAAGCAGAGAGCAUAUAUAUUACAUGUAAGAACCACAAAAUUAGUUGGACAACAAAGGCGGAAACUUAACAAGGAAAGCCUACAGUUAAUUACUGCUGAUUGGUGAUUAGUAAUGGACGAACGGAAGGCAGGGGUUAAUAUUCCUUUUGUCCAUUGCUAAUUACUAAUCAGAGCUAACAUAGUGUUCCUCAUAAUGGAGACAUCCAUAAACUCUCUUACUUGUGUGUAUCACUUCUAAAUGCCUUUCAAAGACUUAAUAAUCAAUUUGUUCUAUUACUGUUAUCAUGUGUAACUUACCCACAACGUAACAACACUUUGAUAUCUUUGUAUGAUUAAACCAUUUUGAUAUGUAUGUACAAUAUGGAGGUGGGAGGGGAGAUAUUUCUGUACUUGGGUGUAUUGCCUUUUAGGCAAUGUGAUUUUGUCUUGUUUGAUCAUUCCAUGUUUUUGUAAAUGAACAGGCUGACUAGCCUCAGUUGAAUUUA